AAAAGAAAAAAUUAUCAUCCAAACUCUCACAACACAACAAUGACGGCAAAUGAAAGUGGUGAACCCGUUGAAGCUGACGAAGGAUCCUGAUCGUCCUUUACAGUUCACAAGGUUUGGUGGGUGGAGCCACCUUUUUCAAAACCUCUUUCAGCUUCUUCUCGUUAUCAUCAUCAUCAUUCAUCACCAUCACCGACGCCACCAACCACCACCACCACCACCGAUCCUCGAAGAACCAACCACCACCGAUCACUGUUUCCGUUCGGUUCGCUACCUCUUCUUCUCUUUGUAGCACCGUUUUUUUCGAAUUCGCAGCUUCAAUUUAUACUGAAUCGUAGAUAGAUAGUUUCUCUCGUAUUGGAUGCGUAUUCGCAAUUGAAAAUUUGGUUAGUUUAUAGAUCCGGUCAUGUUUUCGCGAUCUGAGCUGAAUAGUGGUGAAUAGAGGGGUUGAGUUUCGAAAUCUACAAACCCUAACCCUCAAUCUUGUAGGGGAAGGUGGCUUGGCCGUUGCAUCAUGCGCUUGCGCAUGUUAGGUUGUCUGUUUAUCGUGUGCGGAAGGUUGGUGAUAGCAUGAGAGAUAUGCACAAGAGUGGGAGUGGGAGUAGGAAUUCUACUGGCAGUAGCAAUAACGGUAGUAGUAGUGGCAGUGGUGGUAGUAUUAGGCCGCCGGCGUUGAGGCUUUCUUCGCCUCAGCAGACUCUGAGAAGGUUGGGAUUGUGUUCGCAGAUUGCUACCGGGGAGCAAACGUCUCCGGUCGUGUUCCCGGAGAAGCGGGGGAGAGUGAGAGGUUCCAGGAGGAGUAGUGAGGUUAGUGGUAAUAGUCGUCCGGAUGAGCAGGACGCCGCGGUGAAGAAUUUUGAACAUAGGAUUGAUAUAGGAGGUGGUGUAGGAGGAGGUGGAGGAGGAGGAGAUGAGAAGUCUGAUUUGCUGGGGUAUGUGGUUUUCUCUGGGAAAUUGCUUUUUGAUAAGAGAAAGGCUGCUGUGAACAAGAAUGAUGAUGCUCAACAAGGUUCUUCUGAUAUCACCAAGCAAGGAGCUGUGGAUGCCAAGCUUACAAGCAAGGCUUUACUUUGGGGGUCCAAAGUGCUGCACCUUGACGACGUUAUCUCGGUUUCUUAUAAUGUUGGCUUCAGACACUUCACGGUGCACUCGUACCCGAUGAAUAAGGCUUCAUGCGGUCUUUCCUGUUUUAUAAAAUCUCGGAGAAGUCGCAAGGACUUUCGCUUUGUGGCUUCUAAUGUGGAAGAGGCACUUCAAUGGGUUGGUGGAUUUGCCGACCAACAAUGUUUCGUGAAUUGUCUACCUCACCCUUUAGGUUCUUCAAAGAAGCAAGCAUCCCAAGAAUUGCUUCGUACUGAUAUGCCUCCUGAACUGAUCUUUAGAUGUAAAACACCGCCUAGGAUGCUUGUGAUUUUAAACCCACGCUCAGGUCGAGGUCGUUCAAGUAAGGUUUUCCAUGGCAUUGUGGAACCAAUAUUUAAGCUUGCUGGGUUUAGAUUGGAGGUAGUCAAAACAACAUCUGCUGGUCAUGCUCGAAGUCUUGCAUCAAGUGUAGACAUCAGCACUUGCCCUGAUGGAAUCAUAUGUGUUGGUGGUGAUGGGAUUAUCAAUGAGGUUCUUAAUGGUCUCCUUAGCAGAGACAAUCAAAAGGAAGGAAUAUCUAUACCUAUUGGAAUCAUACCAGCUGGUUCUGAUAACUCACUGGUAUGGACUGUUCUUGGAGUCAGAGAUCCAGUUUCUGCAGCAAUUGCUAUUGUGAAGGGGGGGCUUACUGCUACAGACGUCUUUGCUGUUGAAUGGGCCCAGACUAAUAAAGUUCACUUUGGAUUGACAGUCUCAUAUUAUGGUUUUGUUGGUGAUGUGUUGGAGCUUUCUGAAAAAUAUCAGAAACGCUUUGGCCCACUGCGGUAUUUUGUUGCUGGAUUCCUGAAGUUCUUAUGCUUACCACGGUAUAGCUAUGAAAUUGAAUAUCUUCCUGCAUCAAAAACUGAGAGAGAAGGUAAGCUUUCUGGUGAAAGGGAGGUUGUUGACAUGUCAGAUCUGUAUACUGACAUCAUGGGUAGAACAAAUAAGGAGGGAAUGCCCAGAGCAUCUAGUCUUUCAAGUAUUGACUCAAUAAUGACUCCGAGUCGUAUGUCUGGUGGAGACCUGGAUACAUGUAGCAGCACUCAUGCUAGCACUGAACCUUCUGAAUUGGUGCGUGGCUUAGAUCCAAAGUCAAAACGCCUAUCAUCUGGAAGGAGCAAUGUCACAGCAGAGCCAGAAGUUAUCCAUCCACAGCUGCCUCUAUCAACAACUCCAAACUGGCCAAGAACAAGAUCUAAGUCAAGGAAUGAUAAAGGAUGGACUGGAUUGACCACCACGCAUGAUACUUCUAAAUGGGGAAACACCACAACAAAUGAUAGAGAGGAUAUAUCUUCAACACUAUCUGACCCAGGUCCUAUCUGGGAUGCGGAACCAAAAUGGGACGCAGAGCCUACUAAUUGGGAUGUGGAAAACCCAAUUGAGUUGCCCGGUCCAUCAGAUGAUGCAGAAGUAGGAUCGACAAAGGAAGUUGUGCCUCAUUUUGGAGACAAAUGGGUUGUUUCUAAGGGACAGUUUCUUGGCAUUCUGGUAUGCAACCAUGCAUGUAGAACUGUUCAAAGUUCUCAGGUCGUUGCUCCCAAGGCUGAGCACGAUGAUAACACACUAGAUCUGGUCUUGGUUCAUGGGAAUGGAAGGCUAAAGCUGAUAAGAUUUUUUGUACUUCUACAGAUGGGUCGACACCUUUCACUGCCAUAUGUUGAAAAUAUCAAGGUAAAGUCUGUAAGGAUAAAACCUGGGAAGCACACUCACAAUGGAUGUGGGAUUGAUGGUGAGCUCUUCCCACUCAAUGGACAAGUAAUUUCUUCUUUGCUUCCAGAACAGUGCAGACUUAUUGGUCGCUUUCGUAUAUGAUAACUGUGAGUUCUUUUUAAUUCUUUGAUGGGUUCUGGGAACCUCAUGUACCUUCUCAUACAUAUGAAUCCAGAUACCCAAUUUGUCUUGUCAAAUUACUUAUCGCUGUAACAGCUGAGCUUUGUAAAUCUUUUGUUCUCGGUUAUAUGUGUAUCUGUUUGUUGCUUGUUUAUUUCUUUGUUUUGUUUUCAUGAAAAGAAAGAAACAAAACUGCACACUUGUGCAUUUCCUGCAACAAGAAGCUGAAUGUAUUGCCUAUCUCCAUUUCCUCGAA